AUGAGAGCUGUCCACUUCUGUCCACUGCUCCUGCUUCCUCUGGUCCUGCUAGCAACCUACAGUGAGGCUCUGCAAUGUUAUAGCUGUAUGGGCUCCAAUAACGACGACUGCAACCGGCAAGGCUCCAAAACGUGUCCCAGCUACUCUGAUGCCUGCGCUGUGGUGGUGGGCCAUGAAAGUGGGGUGAUGAAGUCAUGCUCCUACAAGUCUUUCUGUACUCAGGCCAACAGCCAGGGCUACAGAGCGCCAGGUGUCAGAGUUCACUGCUGCUACGGGGAUGACUGCAAUGUGACCAGUUUUGCCUACAGGCUGCCAGGACUCAACUAUCUGCUGCUGAUUCUGCCUCUGUUGUUCCACUGCGUUUUGCAGUAG